AUGGCUGAGGCCGAUAAGAAAAGCGCGAGGAGUAGCGGAGACUGCACGAGCAGAGGAUUGGUAACGCACGCGAUGAUUAUACGAAGAGUGGCUGCAUACCACUUGCGAUUUACAGACGCAGAAUCAGUGCUUUUUUAA